AUGGUUGUCUCGGGCGCCCCCGAGCUGCCACAGCAGGAGCAGCCACAGCAGGACCAGGAUGAGGAGAUGCUGGUCCCGCAUCAGGAUGGCAUUGAGGGGCCGCAGCAGGAUGUUGCUGAGGGUCCGCAGCCGAUGGAAGAAUCUGCAUCCGCUGUUGAGAACCAACUUGUGCCAGAUACCUCCACAUCCAGAUUUACAUGGUGUAUUGAAAAUUUCUCCAAGCGGAAUGUUAGAAAGCACUACUCUGACGAUUUUAUUGUUGGGGGAUACAAAUGGCGAGUGCUCGUCUUCCCCAGAGGAAAUAAUGUGGAAUACCUUUCAAUGUACCUGGAUGUUGCUGAUUCAAACUUGCUGCCUCCUGGUUGGAGUAGGAAUGCACAAUUCAGCCUUGCUGUGGUAAACCAAUUAGACAGCAAAGCAUCAUUAAGAAAAGAGAAUGAUACACCUUCAGGGAAUAUUCCAUUGGCUUUGCAAAGUCUUUUUUAUAAACUUCAGCAUUGUGAUAACAGUGUUGCUACAAAAGAGCUCACCAAAUCUUUUGGAUGGGAUAGCUAUGAUUCGUUCAUGCAGCAUGACGUUCAAGAGUUGAAUAGGGUCCUAUGUGAAAAGUUGGAGAACAAGAUGAAGGGAACCACCGUGGAAGGAGCAAUACAAAAAUUAUUCGAGGGUCACCAUAUGAAUUAUAUUGAGUGCAUUGAUGUUGACUCAAAAUCUACCAGGAAAGAGUCAUUCUAUGAUCUUGCACUUGAUGUCAAGGGAUGUUCUGAUGUCUAUGCAUCAUUUGAUAAGUAUGUUGCAGUGGAGAGGUUAGACGGCGACAAUAAGUAUCAAUCUGAGGAACAUGGUCUACAGGAUGCCAAGAAAGGAAUGCUUUUUAUUGACUUCCCUCCAGUUUUGCAACUUCAGUUAAAACGGUUUGAAUAUGAUUUUGUGCGGGAUACAAUGCUCAAGAUAAAUGACCGUUAUGAGUUCCCACUUCAAUUGGAUCUUGAUAGAGAUGAUGGAAAAUAUCUUUCUCCAGACGCGGAUAGAAGUGUGCGUAACUUAUAUACUCUUCACAGCGUGCUGGUUCAUAGCGGCGGAGUUCAUGGAGGGCACUAUUAUGCCUUUAUUCGCCCGAAGCUGUCUGAUCAAUGGUACAAGUUCGAGGAUGAACGAGUGACGAAAGAAGACAUGAAACGGGCGUUGGAGGAGCAAUAUGGUGGUGAAGAAGAGCUCCCUCAUACCAAUCCUGGAGUCAAUACUACUCCAAUCAGAUUUACGAAGCAUUCAAAUGCUUACAUGCUUGUUUACAUUCGAGAAAGUGACAAAGAGAGAAUCAUCUGUGAUUUAGAUGAUGAAGAUAUAUUAGAACACCUUAAGGUUAGGUUAAGAAAGGAACAUGAAGAGAAGGAAAACAAGAAAAAGGAGAAGGCUGAGGCUCAUAUGUUCACUGCAUUGAAGGUGGCCCGAGACACUGAUUUCAAAGAGCAAAUUGGAAGACACGUGCAUUUUGAUCUUGUGGACUUUGACAGAGUUAAUAGCUUCCGUGCACCUAAGAACAUGUCAAUCAACGAUGUCAAGGAGGAGCUUUCUAAAGAAUUUGGCAUCCCAGUAGAAUCCCAACGGUUUUGGGUGUGGGCAAAACGACAGAACUGUACCUACAGACCCAGUCGGCCAUUGACCUUCCUGGAGGAAACAUCUGCUAUUGCGUUUCUCAAAGACGCAAUAGUGUCAAAGUUACCGAAUUCUGAAGUACGGUUGUUCUUGGAGGUUCAUUUGGGACAGGAGAAUCAACAAAUUGCUCCUGGGAAGACCAAAGAAGAUAUAUUACUUUUCUUCAAGCUCUAUGAUCCUGAAAAGGAAGACCUAAGAUAUGUUGGAAAUUUUUUUGUGAAAGCAUCAGGAAAACCAUCUGAAAUAGUAGAAAGGCUGAAUGAGAUCGCUGGAUUUCCGUCUGAUGAAGAUAUUGAGCUCUAUGAGGAAGUAAAAUUUGAACCAGCUGUGAUGUGCAUACCAAUUGAGAGCAAUGUUUCGUUCCGUACAAGCCAGAUUGUCGAUGGUGAUAUAAUAUGCUACCAAAAACGCUGUUUGCCAGAUUCAAUGGAUCGAUAUCGAUAUCCUAGUGUCCCUUCUUUCUUUGAAUAUAUUCAUAAUAGACAGGUUGUCCAUUUCAGAUUGCUUGAGAAACCAAAAGAAGAAGGCUUCUCUCUGGAGCUUUCAAAACGCUCCACAUAUGAUGAUGUUGUUGAGAAGGUUGCUCAGCAACUACGUCUGGAUGACCCUUCUAAAAUCCGGCUUACUCAACACAAUCCGUCGUCUCAGCAACCCAAACCUCACCACAUCAAAUACAGGAGUCUUCAUUAUCUUUCAGACAUGCUACAUAAUCACAAUCAGAUGUGUGACAUAUUAUAUUAUGACAUCCUGGAUAUUCCGUUGCCUGAACUAGAAUCUACGAGAUCACUGAGGAUCGCUUUUCAAAACGCUGCAAACCAUGAGAUGUCGAUUCACAAUAUGCGGUUACCAAAAAGUAACACUGUUCUUGAUUUGAUUGAAGACUUAAAGUCAAAGGUUGAACUUUCUUGUAAUGACGCUGAAUUUCGGUUUUUUGGAGUCUACCUUCACAAGAUAUGCAAGGUGUAUCAACCUGGAGAUAAGAUAGAUUCAGUUAAUGAACCCUUGCAUAUUGAAGAGGUUCCCGAGGAAGAAAAAAAUGCUGGGCCUCAUGACCGUUUGGUUCAUGUCUAUCACUUCGAAGAUAAUCAUCAUAUUCAGUAUUUUGGAGAACCUUUCUUCUUUCUAAUUCGUGAUGGCGAAGCUUUGUCGGAUAUCAAAUUACGGAUUCAGAAGAGACUUCACGUUCCUGAUGAGCAGUUUCUAAAGUGGAGAUUUGCUCUUGUUACGUUCAGUAGGACAGAAUACCUCCAAGAUUCAGAUAUUGUAUUGAACCGAUUCCAUAAACAGAAACCUGUUUAUGGAGGUUGGGAACAACACCUUGGAUUGGAGCAUACAGCCACUACCCCAAGGAGGUCCUACUUAGGCAGUCAGAACCGCCAUUCUUUUGAGAAGCCUGUGAGGAUUUACAACUAA